CUUACAUCCCUAUUUAGGCUUUUCCCAUCAGCGCAGUAAGCUUAUCUCUGUGAUUUGAACAGUGAAAAAUUAAAUUACAAAAACGAAAAAAUCAAGAUGGAGGGAAAUCUUCGUCCACUCGCGGCAAACAACAAGCCAUUUGUCUUUGGAGGCAUUUACCGCACAAAGUGAAAGUGUGUGUAUUCAUUACAAUUGUGAACUCAUUUGCAAUAGCCACUAAAAGCGGGUUAAUCGAAAGUGCAGAGUCUGCACUGCAGAUCGUUGUCCGAAUUCCACCAGCAUCCACAAUGCACCCUCCAGCCCACCACCACCUCUUCCAUUGCAUUUUUAUCCCACCCAUUUGGUCAUUGCACUCAUUCCACUCCGCUCGUCCUUUCGAACAGCUAGAGAUCGCCAGCACUACGAUAGAUUCAUGCUUGACUUGCGGUUAUCGCUAACUUUUAUGGCUACUGAAAAUGGAUUCACCCAAAAUUGUAACUAAAAUUAUUAGUUUUGCGUCAGAUAGCAAUGCCCAUUCACUCCACCGAAAGUGCCCGAAACGAGCCGGCGGCCAUGAGCACAGCCGAUGACCGAAGGAUCCCCAUAACUAUGCUAUUCCAAGUCCAAAAUUAAUUCGUGUUUGAUUUGUUUCUUACUAAAAUAGAAAGAAAAAAUUUAACUUAUUUUAGAAUUGUGUAACUUAUAGAGCACUAGUCAUUAAAAAUUAAUCUAUUUUUGCAUAUCGGAGAAAAUUGUAUUGGAAUUAGAAUUUGAUUUUCUCGAACCUCGCUGCAACAGAAUACAUUAGCGAAAAAUUAACUCACCAUGAGACUGCAUUUAUUUGUUAAUCGGACUCUGCUGUUUUUAACCCCUUAAAAUGAAUGAGGGAAUUGUUACCCUACCCUAGAUCCAAAUUCGCUGGGCAGGUGGCUCCGAUGGUGCAGAGCUUUGUUUCGGGGCACUUGGGUCGCAGGAAUGGCCAUGGCUAUUUCCGGAACUAUGGUUUUAAGUUGACCAGCCGACCACCCUGACGCUUCCGGGUAACUUGACGACUUGAUGGUUUCCGUUGGCCAGCGAGUCGCUUUUCUGUCGACCCACUGGACCAGCCCGUUGCCUUUGCUAACUAAUCGGUUAACUCUUUCGCAAACGCAGAAUCCCAAUGGCACCGUCAAGACUUUGAUCCAAAUGCCGUUGCAGGCCGCCAAUGUCCAGGAGCAAAAGUCUCCUCCGGUGGCUUCAUAUCCGACACCGGCCACUCCGGUGGCUGUUCAGUCGCCACCGGACGCAUUAUUGGCUGUGAAGCCUCCAUCGGCUCCUGUACCUGUUCGAGUGUCGAACUCUUCCGUCCAGCACCAGAAUCCGGAUGCAGAUUCGAAGCUGCCCUUGCCAGUUAUAAUCAAGGAGGAGCCGAUCUCUGUCGACGAUAAACCGUCCGUCGAUAUUAUAGAGGAAAAUACCAGUUCCAGUACCAGUGCCAUCGGCAUCGGGGGCAAGAUCCCAUUUAUAAAUAUCUUCCAAAACCGCAAGAAGUCGUCUGAACGCACUCGGGACAAGAAGCUGCGACAGAACCGCCAGCUGCGCGAGUCCAUGCUCCCCAAGAACGCUCUGAUGGCCCUCAAGGAGGUUAAGGGCGUGACCAUCAGCGAUUUCACCAUCGUCAGCAAUACCUACGGGGGAUUCACGGCCGUUGUCACUGUGAACUCGACUCAGUACGUGGGCAAGGGUACCUCGGAAAUGACAGCUAAGAACGCGGCCUGCGAGGAGGCUUGGCGCGAUUUUAUAAUUGCAAAGAUGACUCCCAAGCCGCCCGGUAUUCACAAGGUGGAGACGGAUACCAACGAAGAUGAGGCCGAUGCUCCGGAUGAUGAUCUGCCCAUGUUGAAUCUGGCUUCGUUUGCCAUCUACAAGCUGUUCGCGGAGUGGGAGCGCAGGGGCUAUGUCGUACCCAAGAUGCACCCUUCGGCCAAUGCUGCCCAGCGUACGGAGCUACCCUUUGGCUGGGAGACCAUGCACCCGGCGAGCAUUCUUUGCAUUAUGCGCCCGGGACUCAACUACGUGGACUACGGAUUAUCUUGGCACAAGGUCACUUACAUGCAGCAUAUGGGAAUCACGGUGGACAACCAGAAGUUCCACGCCCACGGCAGAUCCAAGAAGAUCGCCCGUCGAAACGUGGCCGUGAAAGUGUGCAACUCUCUAUUCGGCACAAACUUCACCUACGACGACAGCGCUUAAGACACCAACUCCAGCCGCAGACUCCAACUGCCGACAGCAACACACCUCGCCAACACGCCUCUCUUAACGGCCAGCAAUCAGAAGAUUGCGACCCUGACGCCAAAUGCGCAGCUUUAAGAAUUCCUUCUCUGUGAAGGUGAAGAGGCAUAUUAAACAAGAAUUUACCAAUUUA